GGGGGUGUGGGGGGGGGGGGUGUUGAGGGGACGAGUUGGGUGCUGCUGAGGGGACGAGGUGCAGCGUGGCUGCGGUGUAUGGGCUGCAACAGCGUGAGGCUGAGCCCGACGUCUGUCGUGAUGGCAUCCCUGGCCCGCUGUCACGGUAUCAAGAACACACACACACACCCCGGCAACACGAUGGUGACUGUGUCGGUCCAUUUAUUUGCUUCCGUCAUGACUCACAUUGCCGAUCAUCGCCCAUCGCUAGAUUUGUAACAUGACCAAAGCUGGACUACUUAUAAUCCUCUUCAUGGCUUUGGCAAUCGUCUCAAGGACAACCCUCAGAGCGAUCAAGAGACCGUCAACACAGUUCAUGCCAUUUUCUUUGUUCUCGAGCAACAAGACAGACACCAUGACGACUUCCGCGGCACCCAAGGUUCAAAAGUCGGACUCGGAAUGGCAGGCGAUCUUGUCCAAGGAGCAGUUCAGAGUCAUCCGUGAGAAAGGGACGGAACGUCCGGGAUCACACGAGUAUGACAGGAAGACGAGUGCGGAUGAGGGGGUGUAUCAUUGCGCAGCGUGUGAUGCGCCGCUGUUCGUGUCAAAGACCAAGUUCAAAUCCGGGUGCGGUUGGCCAGCAUUCUACGACUCCAUACCCGGCGCCGUGAACAGGCACGAAGACAAGUCAAUGUUCAUGACCAGGGUCGAGAUCACGUGUGCAAACUGUGGAGGCCAUCUCGGGCACGUCUUCAAGGGCGAGGGAUUCGGAACGCCAACCGAUGAACGCCAUUGCGUCAACGGUAUCUCUCUGAGCUUCAAGGGGGAGUAGCGUAGUCAUCACUGUAGUUCCAGUCGUGCAUAGUGCCGUAGCCCUCGUUCAAGGCGUGACGAAUCCUUUGCCACCAGAAGUGACGUGUUAUACUUGUCGGACGAGCCGCUCCUCCACUCCACGUGUCUUUCGCCUAUCUUAGACGUCUCUCUUUGACGUGUCCCACACUCGUAGCUAUCAUACCUCCCUUGACGUGUCCUGACAGUCUUUGUUAUCAUACCUCCCUUGCUCCUCUAGUCACACUCGUAUCAGAACUCUCCUGACGUGUCUUAUACUCAUAGCUAUACUGGUUAUACUCAUAGUCUAUCAAAUUAUUGAUGAGUUCGCCUUUGAUGUGUUGAUUCUCGCGUGGUCGACGCGUGGCUGUCUUACGUAAGUUUUGGAAAUGCUUG